AUGGAGGUGUCAAGUGAUUCAGAUGUGGAAGAAUUAUUACUUUUAUAUGCUUUAUCACGGUCACAGAGAAAAAGAGUGUGGGUGCACGACAUCAAUCAAAAGAGAAAGGAUUUAGGAGAAUAUCAUCAUUUGUGUCGUGAGCUUGCAUCACAUGAAGAUCGUUUUUUUACAUACUUUCGUAUGUCUCAAGAUUUAUUCGAAGAUACUACAUGA